UUAACAACCCAUAAAGGCCUAGCUGUAAACGAAGAUAGCGAACAAGAAGGUAAAGGGGCGACGGCGUCAAUAAUUUUGCUAAUUAUAACGAUGGUGAUUGUCUAUUUUUCAGCAGAAUUUCUCGUAGGAUCAAUUGAAGGAAUUGUUAAGGCACUUGAUAUAAGCGAAACUUUUAUUGGUUUGAUUUUAAUACCUAUACUUGGUAAUUUUGCUGAGCAUAUACAUUCUACUAGUAUUGCAAUGAAAGAUAAUAUGAAUCUAGCUAUUGGUAUUACUGUUGGAUGUUCAGCU